GUAACAGUCAGGUCGAAAUGUCUUUCCGUGAAAUGCGGUUAUUUACUGAGAUGAUGCGUUCCUUGGGAUACCCUCGUGUCAUAUCCCUAGAAAAUUUCCGAACUCCAAAUUUCCCUUUGAUUGCUGAAAUCCUCAGAUGGUUAGUUCUCCGGUAUGACUCUCAUGUUGACUUACCAUCGCGCCUUGACUCGGAACAAGAUCGCGUUUUGUUUAUAAAGGUAGUAACACACUUGAUUUUCACAAAAGCAUGUGUCAAACUAAACAGUAAAAAGCUAUAUCAGGCAGAUGGAUUUGCCGUAAGGGAACUUAUGAAAAUAACCAAGAUCUUAUAUGAAGCAAUGCAAAAUAGUAAUGCCGAGUCAAAAGAUGAGACGAACCCUUUAAAUGUUACGGAGGUCUUCGAUUCUGGUAAGGUUAAACAACUUCAAGAGGCUAGGAAUUUAUGCAGUCAACUUGCAUCCUCUGGUGCUUCAUUAAAUUCAUUAUUAAAUAAAGAAAUCGAUAUUAGAGAUGUACGUGAUACUUCUUUACGACGUCAAAUAGAUAGAGAAUAUGUUGAGAAAUCUGUAAAAAUCGCUAUCAAUGCAAUCAAUGGUCAAAUUGAAAAAACGCAUUCAUCACUUGUCAAUAUUACUGCCGAUGAAAAUAAUUUAGAUGUAAAAAUUGAAAAGAAACGCAGUGAAUUAGAACGGAAUCGCAAACGCUUAACAACAUUACAGUCUGUCCGACCUGUUUAUAUGGAAGAGUAUGAACAGCUAGAAGAAGAAUUAUCUUCACUUUAUACCAUAUACUUGACAAAAUUUCGUAAUCUAGCAUUCUUAGAAAGUCAAUAUGAGUGCCUUCUGGAUACUAUUAAUCAAAAUAAUGAGGAUACAGAAGUUACUCUUAAAACUAUAGCUGAACAAGUGAAAGCAUAUUCGUGUACAGAUGAAGAAAAUCAGAGAACUGCUUCGUAUUGCGGAGAUAAUAAUGGCACCUUUAUGAAUCCGUUAAAGUUAAAAAAUAAUUUUGGAAAAACUCAUAAAUUUAGUGCUGGCGAUGAUAAUGAUACAACUGAUGACAAUGAGACUGACGAAGAUGACAAUUCAAUAAAUGAUCACAAUAAUCAAAAUGAAGAUGCCGAUGAUUUGGUUGCAAAUAGUAAUUCGUUUCUUCAAAGCAGUAACGAGAAUACUACAAGACGCGGAUUCACUAGAAAUCAACUAAGACCUGAAUGGUCUCCUGGUCGUCAGCGUAUUCCAGGUGCCGGUUAUCAUGGUCGAACUCAGAGUUCAUUCAACAGCGCUAGUUUCCGAGUAAAUGAAGGAAGCCUUCGAUCUACAGAUAUGGAACAAUCCCGACUAACAAAAGGAUCACAGAAGGAUAAUUAUCUAACUACCGAUGUUGAGGAUGAAAAGCAAGCUUAUUUAAAGCAUACACUUCAGCCUGAAGAGAAUAAUAAACAUGAUAAUUUUUGACUGGAAUGAUUAGCUCUUGCUAGCAAUUUGCAUAAUAAAAAAUUUAUUGCCA